CUCGCCAAGAUGUCCUCCGACGCGGACGAUAUACUCGUCGACGCCGUGUCCUCCGUGCGCGUCGUCACGCUGAACCGCCCCGAUAAGCUGAACGUCCUGAGCGAUUCGAUGGUCACGCGGCUUUCGGAGCUUUGGGCGGAAUGGGACGCGGACAAGGACGUGAAGUGCAUCGUCUUGAACGGCGCUGGCGAGCGACCGUGCUUGUGCGCGGGCGGGGACGUCAAGGCUGUGUACGACAUGCGCCCGCCGGAGGUUGACCCGAAGCGCCACAAGGCGCCGCCCCUCGCCCUCGAAUUCUUCAAUCGCGAGUACCAGAUGAAUCAUCAGUUGGCCAACGCGCGAACGCCGCACGUCGCGAUCAUGGACGGCGUCGUCAUGGGCGGCGGCUGCGGCGUGUCCAUCCACGGCGCCUUCCGCGUCGCGACCGAACGCACGGUCCUCGCGAUGCCGGAGUGCGUCAUCGGCUUAGUCCCCGACGUCGGCGCGACGUAUUUUCUGUCGAAUCUCCCCGGUCGCGUCGGCCACGCGCUCGCGCUGACAGGACGCCGCGUCGGCGGUUACGACGCGAAGAAGCUCGGGUUAGCGACGCACGCGAUAGGGUCGAGCGCGGUGGGUAAGAUCGUCGAGAGCCUCGCGACGGCGCUGGAGCGGACGUUCAGCGGCGGCGAGACGACUUCCGAGCUCGAUCGGAACGCGAAGGACUGGGCGAACAAAGUCGACGAGGAGCUGAGGAAGCUCGAGAAGGAGACGUCGGGGGAGGUGAAGGAGACGCCGAACGAUCUGCACCCGCACCUCGCGGUCAUCGACCGGUGGUUCGUCUCCGACGACGUCCAGGAGGUGGACCUCACGCUGAACGCCGCCGCGGUCGGCGGCAGACGCGAGAGGGAACGGAAAGUCGCGAAGGAGCUCCUGGAGCUCAUGCGCGCGGGGUGCCCGGCGUCGCUGAGGGUGACCGCCGCGAUGCUCAAGCGCGUGAGACCGCCAGUGGACAUCAUGAACGUCAGCGGCGGACCGCCGCCGCCGCUGGACCUCGCGAGGUGCUUGCGAAUGGAGUUUCGCGCCGUCGCCGAGUGCAUCUCGAGGGACGACUUCUACGAGGGCGUCAGGGCGCGGUUGGUGGACAAGGGCAAGGGCGACCCGCCCGCGUGGAGCCCGGAGUCCGUGGAAGAGGUCGGGCACGAGGACGUGGAGACGUUCUUCGAGCCGGGGAGCAGGGAGGUCGAGGAGGUCAUCGCUCGGUUCGAACGCGCCGUGGGGCUCGAGUCCGACGCGGGGGGCGCGGGCGCGGGCGCGGGGUCUUCCCGCCUGUGA